CGUUAAUAUUCAUACGGUGCUUGAAGUGGGCACGGCCCAUGCAGAGCACAGGGUACAGGGAAGAAGUCUUUGGUGCGGGGAGGGCUUUGCCGGGCUUGGUUCCGAGACCCGCCCUCUACCUGACCACAGCUCUCCCACUGCAGGGGUUCCUCUCUCCUGGUGGACCGUUUCCUGUUAGCUGCACCCUCCCCUCCCGUCCACGUUUCCCGCUGCUCCGAAGAUCGCCCGCCGUCCGAUCUCCUGAACAUGCCCCUCCCAAAGGACUACUGGAAGCCUUGGGGGACGCCCUUGCUUCUCAAAAGCCUGGCCGUCGUCCUGGCUUAUGUGUCCUGGGCCUUCAGCAUGGGCAUAGCCAACAGCCGCUCCUGGCGCGUGUGGGAAUUCAACAGCCAGAGCAUCGCCGUCAUGUACAUUGGACUUUGGGAAACUUAUUACGUCGAAACCUUUAACGUGACCGGCCUGAACCUGAAUGUGUCCGUGUCCGCCAAGCUCAACGCGAGCUGGGGCAUUCCGGAUGAGAUCUACUACGGCCAGGACCUGCUGCUGCUGGCCAACUUCCUGGCGCCCGUGGCCCUGGUGUUCAGCACGCUGGCCGUCUGGGCCAGCUGGACCCGCUCCCCGUACCCCCUCUUCUUCCGCUCCUGCUACAACACUGCCGCCGUCCAUCUCUUCCUCAGCUGCUUCUGCCUCACGCUCACCGUGGCCUGGAACUUCAUCGUCGACCUUUUCGGCCAAACCACCCUGGAGUUUCCACAGAAGUUUCCUGUGAGCAAAGAGAUGAUCUCCAGUAAGCGUAUCUCCUACGUGCUGCCGCUGGGCGUCCUGGCCUGCAUCUUCUCGCUCGUCGGCGCCAUUAUCUUCGUCAUGGACAGCUGCGCCAUGGAGGAGGAGAAGGAGGAGGAGCCCAAACUGUUGAUGCCAAUGGUCUGAAUGGAGGGCCCGCUCUCCGCCAUGGCUGGCAGGCACUUUCCUGAAGAAAUGUCCUGUGUACGCUUCAUAGUGUUGUUACCAUUUAGGCGUUUCAAAUAAAACAGGCUUGGCUUUCCA